GUGAUCUCCCCCUCCUUCCUCUCCUCCUCCUCCUCCUCCGCCUUCUUCUCCGGUCUCUGAUCCUUGUUUUACCCCAAAACCCUCUUGUUUUUGGGGACACAUUUUCUCCAAAAAAAUAAAAAAACGAGACUGGUUUGGGGACUGUAUAAUUGAGAUCUUGGUUGAUAUUGUGAAGAUUCUGGAGGAAAAGAACAUCUUACACAUCAGUACUUCUUGUUUUUGCCAAUGUGAAGCAGUCAUUCACUCUUUUGUGGUGUCCACUUAAUUAAAGCAACUUCAGUCUGGUUUUAAGAGACGGCGUUUUUGAUGGAGUGCAACAAAGAAGAGGCCAUCAGGGCCAAGGAAAUUGCACAGAAGAGGAUGAUGAGCAAGGAUUUCCCUGGGGCUCUCAAAAUUGUACUGAGGGCCCAACAGCUAUAUCAUGAUCUGGAUAACAUAUCUCAGAUGCUAAUGGUCUGUGAAGUGCAUUGUACUGCUGAAAAAAGGAUUUUUGGGAAUGAGAUGGACUGGUAUGGCAUACUUCAAAUUGGGCAGACUGCAGAUGAGGCUGCAAUCAAGAAGCAGUAUAGGAAGUUUGCUUUCCAGCUCCAUCCUGAUAAGAAUAAAUUUCCUGGUGCAGAAGCUGCUUUUAAGCUAAUUGGGGAAGCUCAUAGAGUGCUUUUGGACCAAAGUAAAAGGUCUGCAUAUGACAUGAAAUGCAGAGUAACUCUAGGUAGACCAGCACCAACAGCAGCAGCUCGGCAGCCACAGAGGCCAAGUUGGAACCCACAUGUUUCUGCACGGACUAAUUUCUGCACCAACUUUCCAAAUUCAAUUCCUCAACAAAAGAAGCCAGCACAGCAAUCUCAACAAGCACAGACCAAUGGCCGGCCAACUUUCUGGACCAAGUGUCCAUAUUGCACAGUCAAAUACAAGAAUUAUACAGACAUUCUCCAUAGCACUCUUCGAUGUCAAACUUGUGAUAAGUCCUUCACUGCAUAUGAUUUGGGUGCAGCUCCUCAGCCAACUGACCCAAGUCAACCAAAAGUUCCCAAACAGAAAGAUGUCCAGAAUCAGGGUGCUCAGAAUGUGAAACAAGGAUUUCAUGAGAAUUUAUGCACUGAGAAUUCCAAAGCAACAUCUUCUUCAAAGGUGGCUCAUGAUUCGCAAGUUGGAAUUGAAAAUGCAAAUGGUAAGAGAGGAAAGCGAUCUGUGGCAUCCAGUGAAAGUUGUCAUACACAAAGCAGUAGUCGCUCAGAAGAUGAUAUUCUGAUUGAUGAGAGAAGUAAUGUUCAGGCUGGAAAGGAUGUUAAAUGUCCUAGAGAGAACCUUCGUAGAUCUGGUAGGCAUAAGCAAGAGGUUUCAUACAGAGAAAAUUUAAGUGAUGAUGAAGACUUGGUUAACCCGCCAAAGAGGGCGAAGGGGAGCAGUUCAUCCAAUGCAACUGAAGAAGAUGGAAACACACACAGAGAAGAGACACUCAAAAUCAACAACUUAGCCAAUGGGAAGAAGGAAGCUGAGAAGUUAUUUGGACAGGAAACAGCAGAAGGGGUUGAUCCUAAGAAAUGUUCAGAGGCUCAUGCUGAUGGUGGUAAGAUGAAUUUUACUGCUGAUUCCAAGUCAAAUUUAAUCCCCCAAAGCAGCCAAGAACGGGCUCUGCACUCAUACCCAGAUCCAGAUUUUAAUGACUUUGACAAGGACAGGAAAGUAGAGAGUUUUGCUGUUAGGCAGAUUUGGGCUGUGUAUGAUACACUUGAUGCAAUGCCCAGAUUUUAUGUUCAAAUCAGAAAAGUUUUUUCUCCCAGGUUCAAGCUGCGCAUAACCUGGCUAGAACCUGAUCCAGAUGAUGUGAAUGAAAUCAAAUGGGUUGAUGAAGGUUUGCCAGUUUCAUGUGGAAAGUUCAAAUAUGGGGAUUCUGAAAACACCGAAGAUCAUCUCAUGUUCUCACAUUUGAUGUAUUGGGAAAAAGGAACACAAAGAGACACUUUCAAGGUACUUCCAAGAAAGGGGGAAACAUGGGCCCUCUUUAAGAACUGGGAUAUCAAAUGGAACUCUGAUGCAGUCUCUAACAGGAAGUUUGAAUAUGAAUUUGUUGAAAUCUUAUCAGAAUAUGCUGAUAGUGCAGGUAUACAUGUUGCUUGCUUGGUUAAGGUGAAAGGCUUUGUGAGUCUAUUUUGUCGAAUGAUGAAGGAUGGAAUUGAUGCAUUUCAAAUUCCACCCGGUGAGCUGUUCAGGUUUUCCCACAGGGUUCCCUCAUUUAAGCUGACAGGUACAGAGAGAAAAGGUGUCCCAAAAGGAUCCUUCGAACUUGAUCCAGCUUCAUUGGCUACCAAUCUUGAAGAAAUUGAUGUUCCUGAGGACUCGUGUUCAAGAUCUCCAAGGAAAGUGAAACGAAAGAUUGGCUCUGGAAAAAGUAAUGACAAACAGGGCUUGGAGGUUGGUGAUGUUCCCCAGAUUUCUGUUGACGUGAAUGGGAAGAUGAACUCUAGAAUUAUGGGGGAGAAGGAGAUCAAUCAUUCUGACAGGAGUAAUGCAGUUUUACCAGCUAGUGUGGAUGUAGAUUUCACCUUACAUAAAUCCCUGAAAGACAAACGUAAUCCUUCAGUGUGUAUCCCAGUUAACUGUGUGACACCCAUCAAUGCUGCAUCCCCUGUCUGUAUGGACAAUGAAUAUUUAACACUAUCAUGCAAGAAAAAGCUGUCAAGAACUUCCCUCUUGUUUGAGAUCCAAAGCCAUAACCCCUCAGACUUGGAGCCUAUUUCUCCACUUAAAGGUACAAGAAAGGGGAGGGAUUUGGCAGAUAUUCGGGUCACGUUUAGUGACCAUUUGGAUGAUAACAUAAUUAAACAGCAGAGAAAGAUUUUGGUCAGCCUAGGGAUUCCUGAAGUCUCUUCUAUUAUAGAUGCAACACAUUUCGUAGCAGAUAAAUUUGUGCGCACAAGGAAUAUGUUAGAGGCAAUGGCUUCUGGCAAACUCGUUGUUACACAUCUAUGGCUUGAGCGUGUUGGACAGGCUAAUAGACAUAUAGAUGAGAAAACUUAUAUACUGAGGGACAUCAAAAAGGAAAAGGAGUUUGGCUUCUGUAUGCCUGUUUCUUUGGCACGUGCACAGAAACAUGGCUUAUUAGAGGGCCGAAGGGUUUUCAUCACUCCAAAUACAAAACCGGGUAAAGACAUAAUUUCAAGUUUGGUAAAGGCAGUUCAUGGCAAGGCAGUUGAGAGAAUCGGCAGAUCUGUCCUGAAGGAUGAUAAAAUCCCAGAUGAUAUGUUGGUUCUAUCUUGUGAAGAAGAUUAUGCACUUUGUGUGCCCUUUCUUGAAAAAGGGGCAGAAGUUUACAGUUCAGAGCUGCUACUGAAUGGAAUAGUAACUCAGAGGCUGGACUAUGAAAGGCAUUGCCUCUUUGCGGAGCAAGUUAAGAGAACCCGCUCUACCAUAUUUCUGAAAAGCAACGACAAGUUCCUUCCUGUAACGAAGCUUAAAUAAAACCUUGUGCAUUCAUUUUCUUUUCCAAUUUUCAUCUUACCAUCUCUUUACUGUAAUGUUGUCUUAUAUAUGGUUACCUUUUUAACCAAAUGCAACAGAAACAGCAAAAUGUCAAACAACUGUCCAAUGUAUAUGGCAGUAAAACAAUAGUACCCUCUAUAUAUACUACCAUGUCAUGUGCAAAAAUGUAGUGAACUAGACCUUUCAUGGAUUGAUUACGUUUGUGCAAAAGAAACUAUGUACACCAAUUCUUCCACAAACAACUUGCGUAGGCGGGGUCUUGCAUCGUGCUAUGCAUUGUGCUAUCAUACUGGGUUAUUGGUGCGGUUUAGGGCGACCUGAACUCUCCAAGUAAAAUACUGGAUAUACAAUGAAUUAAGUGUCAUGGACAUCCCAAAACCAAGCACCGCUGAAAGUAGUAUUGCAUAAAUAGCCUUCAGAUGAAGCUGCAGAAUACAUAAAAAGGUCUCAAUUAA